CGUGAAAUACGGCUGGUGUGUUGUAGCUCGUUUCUAACGCGUUUUGUUAUAUUAAGACUGCGGGAUCAGAUAUAAGACCAAACCUGGUCUUCAUUACCAUUUGUCUCACCAACAUUCAGAGUUGGAACCGUCGCUGAACACAUCUGCCGCCGGUGAAACGCCAACACUGAGUGUUGCGGGCUUUAGCGGGGGCGGUGGUACAGGUCACAGUCCCGGCGCGUCGCUGCACCACGUGGCUCGUCGAAAUUUACACUGUGAUCUCAGCCGAAUGGACGGCAGUCAAGGAGGUUCGCUUCCGGAGGCAAAUCAGUAUUGUGACUUUUGCCUCGGAGAUGCGUCGCACAACAAGAAAACUUGCCAACCCGAAGAACUGGUAUCGUGCACCGACUGCGGACGAGCCGGGCACCCAUCGUGUCUGCAGUUUACGGCCAAUAUGAUCAUUUCAACAAAGAAGUACGGGUGGCAGUGCAUUGAGUGCAAGUCGUGCGCUGUUUGCGGAACCUCAGAAAAUGAUGACCAGCUGCUGUUCUGCGACGAUUGUGAUCGCGGAUUUCAUAUGUACUGUUUAUGUCCGAAGCUUUAUUCUCCUCCGGAAGGUAAGGUUGACUAA